UGCACGAAGAGACUCUCUGAACAGAAGACGCUGCUGACAGAUAGCAAAAUUAUAUGCCUACUACCUGGACAGGUGCGGAAGAAGGCCUCUGAGAAAGCUCUGCGGUGUCGGAGCGGAUCAGAGGAGCAGCUGGAGACGUCAGAUAAAGACAUGGAGGAGCGGCGGCGUCGGAAAGACAAGAAGUCCUCCAGACCAAGAAGCCUGUCACGAUCACGCUCGAGGGAAAGGCGACAUCACAAUCGAAACCUGGACAAAAGAAGGUCUCGCUCGCGCAGUCGUGACAAGAAGAGACGGGCUAAGUCUCGAUCAAACUCCAGAAGCAAACACAGACAUCGCAGCAAGAGCAGGGAGAAGAAGAAGAAGAGGACAGAGAAAGCACGGAGGAAAAGUCUGAGUCGGUCAGCGAGCCCGGUGACCUUCAGGGGCAGAAACACAGCCAUGGAUGCUCAGGAGGCUUUGGCCAGAAGGUUGGAGAGAGCAAAGAAGCUUCAAGAACAGAAAGAAAAAGAGUUGUUGGAAAAACGGCAACAACAAGAGAUAGCAGCAGAAGCAGCUCCACUCUUGUGCGAUACGGCUGCGGCAGCACCCAGUCCUGGCCUGAACGUUGCAGCGCUGCUCGCGUCCGGCACACAGGUCACUCCUCAGAUCGCAAUGGCCGCUCAGAUGGCGGCGCUUCAGGCCAAAACGCUGGCAGAGACGGGCAUUGCUGUGCCAAGCUACUACAAUCCCUCAGCGGUGAACCCAAUGAAGUUUGCAGAGCAGGAGAAGAAGAGGAAAAUGUUGUGGCAGGGGAAAAAAGAAGGGGACAAGUCACAAACAGCUGAGCUUUGGGAGAAGCUGAGUUUUGGUAAUAAAGACCAAAAUGUGAAAUUUCGCAAACUUAUGGGCAUCAAAGAUGAAGAAGAAGGUAGCUCAUCAGGAGCUGCUAAUGAAGAAGGACUCAAAACCUUGCAGCAGCAGGAAGAGAUGUUCCGCAAUCUGGAUGUUCAGUAUGAGAUGGCCCGUUCACAGACACACACGCAGAGAGGAAUGGGCCUUGGAUUCUCCUCCUCGUUUUCCUCCAGGGGCAUGGAUGCUGUCUGAACAUUCUGUGUUCGUGCUUCUCUUUUCUGUAAAUUCUGGCCGACGUUGCCGCUGUAAAGCUGAUUUGUACGUGCUUGUAGAGAAUGCCGGUGCAUUAGCUUGCAUGUAUGAUUCGUCCGAUCUGUCCUUGUAUUCGUUUUGAAAAUUCACCUGUAAAUACAGUUGAGUGCUCAAGCAUAUACCGUUGCUUGGUCUCUGAAAAUUGUGUUUAAUAUUGUAAAGCUUUUGUUUGGAUUUUGGGAAACAUGAUUGUAUAUUUCACUGUGUUUGUAUUGAAACCGUCUAAAGCUAGCGAUUCCUGAUAUAUCAGUGACCAAGGGUACCAGGGGCUAUGAUAUAUUGUGAACGCUGUAAUGCUUUUAAUAAAAUUGUUACUACAUAAAUAUAUUAAGGAUGCAAA